UCCCUCCUGGAACCCAAACCUUCUUCCGGGCCAAGAUAAGUUAAUCUUUAAUUUCAAGCCGGGAAGAGCGGAUGAGGGAGCUGGGAGGCGGGACUCGAGUUUCUUUUGGGCUGGGGGCACCUGCCCUGCAGGGAUCCUGGGUCUGUCCCCUCCCUUUCCCCUCCCCCUCCUGGGGCCUUGGGCUCUCUCCUUUCUUCCCCUCUCCUUUCCCCUUCACAGUAGCCCGAGAUGCAGUAGCCACCGGAGGUCCUGCAGUUUGGGAGCGGGAGCCAGGUCAGCCGAGGCAUAGGCCUGGUUCGGUUCCCCAGGGGCCCAUGGCGAGCAGCCCUGGCCUGGGCCUGUGCUUGGCACUGAGCCUGCAGCUAUUGAACUCCCAGCCCGCCUUGGCCCCUAACACUGACUACACUGGAUAUGAGAACAACACUGUUACCCCUUCCACAGCACCACCAGCCAGUGAGACCCUGUCCCAGGGUGCAGUCACUGCCAUCAUCACUGUAUUCUCAGUCCUGGGUAUCCUCCUCCUGGUAGUGGCACUGGUCCUGCUAGGCCGGAAGCUUCGUGAGAAACGCCAGACAGAGGGCACCUACCGGCCCAGCAGUGAAGAGCAGUUAUCUCACGCGGCUGAAGCAGCCCCAGGGCCCCAGGACUCGAAGAACAAGGCGUGGGGCUGGGUGUCCUGCUGGGGUUAGGGUGUGUGCAAAAAGCCUGGAUCCCCUUUCCCUUUGUGGGGAGAGGCAGAGACUUGGGUGGGUACCCACCCUGAGUUCCCCUUCCCCCUCCCCAGGCCAUUUGAUUAACAUUCCACCCUCCCAAACACCACUUAACUCUCUCAGGACUAACCUUCCCUUCCUGGUGAAUAAUAAUAGGUAUUUGUACUGAAAAGGAAGUGCUUGGAAAAGUCUUCCUCUCCCUACCCCCUUUCCCCGAAACUUAUGUAUCUGGUCCCUUCUUUUUUCCUCUCUCUCUCCCAGACCACUACCUUCUAUUCCCUAGUUGUCCCUGAGAGGGGCUGCUUGAUUUGUAUUUUUUAUAAAGAUGGUCAUAAGGUCAAACACAA